ACACCCUCAAUUACCUCUUCCCCCUCUCCUCUCCUCUCCUCUCCCUCUGUUGUUAGAUUUCAGGCUUUCCAGUUUCCUCUUGUAAGCUGAGGUUCUGUUGUUUGGGUCGAGGAAUUCUGCCUCUUUUGCUCUGUUCUCGUUCUUUUUCUUUUUUAUUUCUUUUCUCUUCCUGUACCCGCUCGUGGGUUUCGCUCUUUUCCAGGUUUAGAUUUCUGCGCUUUUGCUGCCAAAUUUUGGGUUUUGCUCUUGUAAAACCUCCCAUUCCUGACGGCUAAAGGGUCCUACUUUUGCCGAGAUCUGCCAAACAAACUCUGUCCCUCAUUUUGAAUUUUGAUGCUGAAUAUAGUGUUCUUAAUGUUUGAGGUUCAUGUCUCCAGUUCUCAGUGAAAUCCUCCGUUCCGGGUUUAUGAUCAAUUCCUCACUCAGACGCCGGACCCACUUAGUUCAAUCUUUCUCCGUCGUGUUCCUCUACUGGUUCUAUGUUUUUUCAUAAAUCAUCUUUCAUCCCUGCCUGAGUUAAUAUAUAGCUACGUAUUUCCUAAUAUACAUAUCAUAUAUAUUAUAUAAUCGUAUGAAUUAGCUAGAUAUUAUCACUAUUUUUGUUAUCUGAAUCCUGGGUUUUUUAAGUCCCCAAGUUUUCUGGAGUUUUAAAACGAAAGGAAAAAAAAAAAAACAGAGGAACAGUUUGAUGGCUUCCACCAGUGGAAACUCCUCAGCGUCUGCGCCAACCCAGAACUCUGGAUCUGAAGGGGACGUGCAGCUUUUGAUGGACCAGAGAAAAAGGAAAAGAAUGCAAUCGAAUCGGGAAUCUGCGAGGCGGUCUCGGAUGAGAAAACAGAAGCAGUUGAAUGAUCUGACGGGCCAAGUGGCACAGCUCAGUAAAGACAACAACCAAAUCCUCACGAGCAUCACCAUCACCACCCAGCUCUACAUAAAUAUCGAGGCCCAGAAUUCAAUCCUGAGGGCUCAGGUGGUGGAGCUGAGCCAAAGAUUAGAUUCUCUGAAUGAGAUCCUUAAUUUCAUCAACACCAGCGGCAACGUGUACGAGCCAGAUCAGACCCUUCACGCAAGCCUUGAUAACAGCUUCAUGAACCCCAUGAACUUGCUCCAUCUCAACCAAUCCAUCAGGGCUGCUUCUGCAGACAUGUUUCAAUACGAAUAUUAAUCAGGACCUAAAAAGGGUUGAAAAUUGAUCAAUCUAUGGUUAGUUGUGUUGUACUAAUCUUUUCUGGUGGAGGUUGUUCAUGUUCUGUUGGUCUUAAGUGAGUGGGGAGGGAAAAAGAGAGUGCUGUUGUACUAUUGUAAAAGAACAGUUAAAAAGGGUAAAAAGAAAGAGUUGAGUAAGCAGCAGCUAUCUUCUUUAUAAAGCUCCUAGGAGUAGGGACUGACUUUCAGAGAAUGGUGAUGGUCCAGAAAGGAGAGGCCGAGGGGACCUGGAAGUUGGGUUCUUGCUUUGUCAAUGGGUCAAUAUAAAUAUGGUGUUAGGGCUUUUAUUGUAUGUUGUCUCUCCGGUUAUAUUAAUGUUAGUAUUAAUCUUCA